GGGAGUUGCCUAGAAUCUUACACCUCCUUCAACUAGUGGCAUUGAUUGCGUGAUUCCUCUCAUCUCAAGUAAUCUUGAAUCCUUUGGACUUAUUGAAUUGGGCAAUUCUUACUCUUCCAUGUUGAAUGGCUUAUGCGUGCAGAUGCGUUAUGGGUGAUUGGAAUGUCUUGUGAUGGUCUGAGAGAAUUUCAAUAUUGCAUCAAUCUUUGCUGCUUUUUUGUUGUUGUUGUUGUUGUUUGUGUUCAGCUUCCUCUAAUUGCGAUUAUCAACUCUGUGUUUUUUUUUUCGUCAUUUGCCUAUGGUCAUUCUGCCUCUGUUGUGACCUUUAAUUGACUUCAUUUGUGCUUCUGCUUUUGCUAUCUGAACAUAUUGGCUUGGCGAGCUGCAUCCUUGCUUUAAACGUUAUGAGUUGUGAUGCAAUUCUAUAGAAGAUUUCAUAAUUGAUUUGAACUGAUCCCUGGUGCAAUGAACUUUAUAACACCAAUUUGUCAUCCUUAAUUUUGUUGUUGCGCUUCGCUGCAUAGCAUCCUUUUUUUUUUUGGACUUAGUUUCCUUAGAAUCACCGCAGCUAACUCUCUUUACGCAUGCACAUGUAUAUGUAUGUAUCAUAUCCGUGAAGCAUGUAUUAUAGAGAGGUAUGCAGUUUUGGCUUGAGUGUUUAUGUGUGUCAAAUAUUGCUUGAGAUUGUUGGAUAAGUGUGUGCUUAGAGUUUCUCUUGAAAACACAGUCCCAUUGCCCAUUCAUCUCACCUUUUUAUUUAUUUAUUUAUUUAUUUUUGUUGCUGCAACAUAUUCUUGCAGAAGGAUUUAUGAUUUCCCAUAGGCAUGACACAUCUUUUCCCUUUUCUUUCAUAGAUUCAGUUUCUUGGAAUCACUGUGGUUGACCUUCCCUUUUUUUUUUUUUUUUUUUUUUUGUUGCAUGUGUAUACAUGUGUGCACGCAUUGUGCAUGUGUAUAAGGUAGGUACUACGAAAAGGAAAAUGUAUGCGACCUUAGCUUGGGCAUUUAAUAUGUGUAUCAUGCAUUGCUUGGAAUAGGCAUGUGUAUGCUGUAUGCUUGGAGUUGAUCAAGAAUAGUAUUUUUUCGUCUGUUCGUCUUGCCCUUUUUUUUUUCUCCUUGCAUGGGCUGACUUAAUAGGAUAUAUCACAUGCCACAUCUUGGCUUGGCUUGUGCACUGCUUGACUGCCAUUAUUCCUUUUUGGUGUAUUGCGAUUUGUUCUUUGCUUUGGAUUGCUUGUGGCUUCGCACGGCUUGUUGUUCCUGUUCUAUUUUGCAUUGAGGAGAACAGUUGCAUGCAUCGGUGUGCGGGGCAGUGUUUGCUUGGUUGUUAUAAUUUUCUUGAAAGCAAUGCAUCAAUGAUGAAUUUAUCAUGACAUAUUAUAGUGAUGUGACAUAUUUUGGCAUGGUGUUGCAUGUUUUGUUAACGUAUGAUUAUGCUUGGCAUUUUGUCUACUAGUUGCUGCUGGAUAUGAGUUACCAUGUACUUGUGACGACCUAUACUUUUAAUAAUAUUUAAAAAAAAAAAAAAAGAUAUAGUGAAUAUUUUAUUUUAGCUUGAGUAUUAAUUUAUAUUCUUAAUUAUGGGUGUGUGUAUAUGUAUAAUUGUUUUAUGGGGUGAUAAAUAUAAAUAUAUAUACACACACAUCACCAAGACGUGUUGUUUAGAUAUAUAUAAGUAUAUAUGCUAUCUCUAUAUUUUUAGACCAGCCUAUUAUUUUUUUUAUUUUUUUUAAAAACCCAAGUCAAUUUUAAAAGCCCAAGACCAAUUGAUUUAUACUUAUGUUGGAUGUCGUUUAACGACAAACCAAUCUCAAAAUCUUCUUGUCUGCUAUCUUCAUCGUCUUCCUCCCCUAUUUUGAUUCUCUUUGCAAGCACCACUCCACCUAAAGUAAAGGAUUAGGACCACUACGAUAGACCACCCAUAUAAGAUUAAUCUUAGAAGUCGAUGUUGCUGAAGAGCCUUGGAGGGUCAGUUACCAGAGUUGUGAUUCAUCAAAGCUAGUAGCAAGAGGUGGAUCCCUAGAAGCAUGUGGUGGAGACCUAGAACCAGGAGGUGGCAGUCCUUAUCGAAACAUAGAGGAAGCUGAUAGUGUUGGCAUCCAAAUCUACUCUCUGUUGUGCUUAUCUAGAAUUAAAAUCUGACCUCUUUGCCAUACACUAUAAAUAUCCAGGUGGGCUAAUAGAGCUGUACAAUUUUGGUGAUCGAGAUUAAGUAAGAUGACUAGCAAAAAGGGAAUCAUGGUUUGGGUUAAUUCAUAUGUUAUUUCAUCUGCAGUCACCUCAAAAAGGAGGAAUUUCCUUUGUUUGCAAUGGCUCAAGCGCCCGAGUCUUCCCAGCCUAUUGAACUCUGUGACCACCACUUCUCGCUGGAUGAUGGUCUUACAUCUUCUUCCACCACAGGGGAUUGUGAAGUGAUAUUGCCAUCGAACUUGGCUGAUGGAAAAAGGAAAACUGCUUCUAGCUCGAGGCCGAAUAGAGCUACUAAGAGAAAGGUUACACAUGAUGCCUCAACGGUUGUCCUUAGGAGCAGUUCUCGUGUCGCCAACAUGAGUUUUUCUUACCCUAAGCCGUCUGUUAAAGGUGCUGUUUAUAUUGAUCUUAGUGACGAGCAAAGUGAUGACAGCAAGGGUAGCCCCCUUGGUGAUAAUGUCAGUAUAUAUGAAGAGAAUGAUUCUGGUAAUUUUGAAGAAAAGACCUACGAUGACUGCAACCAGGCUGAAUCCCUUGAACAUGAGGAUAAUGAAGAUCAGGACAAUCCAACUGCAACUUUGAUGGAGGAGGAUAACUGCGGUGAUAGCCAAGUAGCUGGUGCUAAUGCUCUAAUGAAGGAAUCUGCAGUAGAUGUUGGUCCUUGUGAGGAUGACCGUAACAAGCAGGAUGGAUUGGUUUUGUUGAAAAUUGGAGGAACAUCAUUUGAGCCCCACCUCCUUGAGAUAGCACCGAGGGACAGCAGCGUUGUUGCUGCAAACUUGGUUAGUGGAGAGACUCCGUUUUGCACUACCUCAACUUGUUUUCUGGCUCCUAACCUAGAUAAAGCAGAAAGGGUGUUAAAAACUGAUUUGGAGCUACGGUUCAGAAAUUUUAUUGCUUAUAUUGACAUUGAGGAUUGCUUGAGCGACACUAUUGACGAUAUUGCACGCCCACUGAGCAGUAUUCAACCUUCUUUUGAGGGUGGAAAAGUUUCUUCAUAG